AUGACGCUGUUCAAGAUAAAGUACGAAAAUCAACCUCUAAAAAUGUGCUUGGCGGGAUCAAUCGAAGAGAUAAUGACCGUAUGUCAUAAAAAAUUUAAUCUCAAUAAAGAUGUUGAGUAUAAGAUAGCCUUAGAAGACGGAACAGAAAUAGACGACAACGAAGUAUUGAUGGAAUUGACUAAAAGAAAUACAGAUGUUAUCGUACUAAAACUUUAUAAUGAAAAUGUUGAAAAUUUAGAAAAUACGCCACACAAAAUUCAUCAAGAUUGCCUCGAAGGGAAAAAUUUAAAAAGUCGCAAUAAGACUUUGAUUGCUUCCACCAUCGCAACUCAUAUGAUGGAAACCAAUAACAAAACGUUGAAUGUAGCUCUACAGUUUGCUGAAAAGUUAUGCGAAGAUCAUCCAAAAACUUUCGCAGAUUCUGUCGGCGGUGUCGUAUGGGGUGAUGGAGUUCACACAUUAAAACAGCAAAUUUAUAACAAAAUAGGAGAAAAAAAAGCUGAACGAAACAAACGUCAGGACGAACAUGGAUGCAUAAAUUUUGCUCCGGCUCUACCAGAAGAUUACAGUGCAGAUGAUCAAGAAGCAACACGUAUUAAGCUCAUAGAACUAUUUAAAAAUCAGAAGAAAAAUAUGGAAGAAAUAGUUGAUCUCAUGAAAUUUUCGUAUCCAACCUUAAGGAAAUUGAUUAACGAAAUGGAUAGAAACAUGCAAAGAAUAAUUAGUGAUUGGCCAUGCUUAAAUCUUGUUGAUGUUAUCGUGGAUCACUGUAACAUUCUGCUUGAAAAAAACUUAAAGGCAGUAUGGUUAGAAUCGCUGGAAAAAAAAUGCAAAGUUAUUCGAAGAUAUUUCAAGUAUAAUCAACAAUUUAAAAAUGAGUCUUAUUCUGCUAUAUUUGAACAGUGUAAAUCAUUUGAGGUUCUUAGAAAGGACCAAGUCCCCAAAUUACUGGUAACUUUCGAACUUCUAUUCAAGUAUUUUUCAGAAGACUGCAGUCAUCUCUGGAAAUUUAAAAAUGAUGAUGAUGAUGGUGGCAACGUUACUCAGUAUCCAGUUAUAAUCAUAAAGGGUGAAUCUAUUUACAGUGAUAACUGUAAUAUAAAUGUUCAAAUUGGAGAACACAUCAACAUAUCAUGCAAGGACGUGUUGGAAGGAAUUUUUGUCAACUUUCUAUGCUAUUACUUAUAUGGAUAUGCUUAUCCAAGCCAAAUCAACAAAUUUAUGGAGUUUCUUCAGAGGAUUUUUUUUAAAAUAAACCCGACUGUAGUAAAACCAGUGUCCAAGAAACAAAAGGCCACAAGCUACGAUCGUACCGUUUUUAAAUUAGCAAAAGUUUUAUCAGAGUUUUCGGAUGAUUUCCACUUCUAG